CAAGUAUAGCAUUCGGUAGGCAGUAUUGAGAUAUACACUCGUCGGUAUCCCAAAGACUGUAGGAGGAUGUUCGCUCGUGUGCUUGCCGCCGUGACUGGCGCCGGAAAGCAGUGCGAGCCCAGGUUGAGCAAUGGCGUUCGCGUGUUUAGCAAUUUGCGCGACGUCAACGGCAUCCCCAUCGAGGUGCACAACGAUUCUGGAAGCAAGCGUGUUGUCGUUACGAAGUCGCUACCAGGCGACCGCUGGCUUCAGUUUCUGGUAAACGCCGGUUGCCGAGUUGAAGUGUGCAAGCAUGAAGACAUCAUCCUUAACAAUUCGACCAUAAAGAAGCUCAUUGGGAGCCACUGCGAUGGAGUCAUCGGACAACUGACUGAGGACUGGAGUUCGGAGUUGUUUGGGGCUCUGCACGCGGCAGGUGGCCGCGCUUACAGCAACUAUGCAGUGGGUUACAACAACGUGCGGGUGGAGGAGGCGACCAAGAGGGAAAUCCCUGUCGGCAACACACCGGGUGUGCUGACAGAGACGACCGCGGAGCUCGCCGCGGCGCUGACGCUGGCUGCGGCCCGGCGAGUGGUGGAGGCGGACGGUUUCAUGCGGGCUGGGAGCUACCGGGGUUGGCUACCAAACCUGUUUGUUGGAAGCCUGCUGCAGAACAAGACCGUUGGCAUCAUCGGCGCCGGUCGCAUCGGCGCCGCCUACGCGCGCAUGAUGGUGGAGGGCCACAAGAUGAACCUGCUGUACUACGAUCCGUACCCCAACCGCCAACUGGAGGAGUAUGUACGGCGGUACGGCGAGCUGCUGCAGCAGUCCGGGGAGGCGCCCGUGUGGUGCCGGCGGGCGGAUAGCAUGGAGGAGGUGCUGCAGCAGGCCGAUGUCGUCUCCCUGCACUGCAACCUGGACGCCUCCACACGCCACCUCAUCAACGCCCACCGCCUAGCGCUCAUGAAGCCCAAUGCCGUGCUGGUCAACGCGGCUCGCGGGCCCUGCAUCGACGAGGCGGCCUUGGUUGAGCACCUGAAGGCCAACCCAGACUUCAGGUGCGGCCUAGACGUGUUCGAGCACGAGCCCGCCAUGGCUCCGGGUCUGGCUGACUGCCCCAACGCGGUCAUCGUGCCGCAUAUCGCCUCCGCCUCGCUGUGGACCCGCAACGGCAUGGCCACACUGGCUGCUGCCAAUGUGGCGGGUGUGCUGUCGGGGCAUCCCGUGUGGAACAAGCCCGACGUCCUGCCCUUUGUGGAGGGGCCGCUGGAGCAGGCGCCCGCAGCGGCGCCCUCCAUUGUGAAUGCCAAGGAGCUGGGGCUGCGGCUGCUGGCGUGAUGAGAGCGAGGCUGGGGAGCUGGGAGUGCUGGGCGGCUAGCUGGAUACUGCGAGGAUGUGGGGAAGGUGGUCCUGCAUGUUGAAGAGGUGGCAGUGGAGAGGUGUCCAAGGUGUGGAAGUGGAGAGGAGCCGGAACAAAAGCACACGACUGAUGGUUAAGCUAGGUGUUGAGUGCAGGUGAACUCGUGAGCUGAAACCUGCCGCUUGCGUCAGGGCAUGCUGGAGAGUGCAAAGCGUGACGGAGAGGGGAGCGAGGUGAAGGAAGCUAUACAGAUUUGCUGGAGCCGGAGCUAGUUGUAUAAAAGUUGUACUGCAAUGCCUGUUGCCGUACAAACUGACCAUGUGGCCGCUGUGUACGGUCUACCGCGUGUUGCCGCCGCCCCCGUUGUGCUGGGCACAUGUAUUUCCUGCUGUGAGUAUGUUUGAGGAAACUGGCCGCGAAGCGGAACGUACUGAGAUUUUACAUUUUGAGUGUCCGCUGCCGGGUGUAUUCGGGUGUAUCUGCCCCGGCCCACCGGCGCCCGACAGGGCUGCCUCGUCCAAAAAGCGGAAGUGGUUGCUUGCUGUGUACUGUAUAAUAUUGAUUCAUGCGUUAGGCGGCACGACCCGUCAGCGAGCUGUAUCCUGAGUUAAAGCAAGUAAUCAUAUGUGUCGUGUGUAUCUUAAGAGGUGAUCACAACACCGCUAUGCGACGCAGGCAUAUCCCUAGGCCCGCCUGCUGUGCCUGCGUGACCCGAGCAGAUCGGGUUGUGUACCGGUACUGUUGCGGUCUCGUCCUGUAUCUGUAUAAGAGAUUGGCCUGCAUUUGGGUUAUGUAAGGUUUCCUAUCCUGAGCUAACCUGUAACUUCAACAAGUGAUC